GUAAACAAAAUGUACGAAAAGCAGUUGGAUUUUCCGGCAUUUCCGCUUUCCCUGCUGGAUGACAGCGAUCUGGAGCCGCAAAGAUGCUAUGUACCAGCGGGCGAGGAGCCUCCAGGAACAGGAUUGUGCCGCUGCAGACUUUCCGAUGGCAGCUUCGCGAUUUGUUGGGUUACUCCACGUGCCGGCAGUGAAACUUGUUGCUUCUUGGAUGGAAUGGUAACCUCCUCGUCGGGAUUCUCAGCCACCAAUCAGCGGUUGGUGCUGCUGGAGCCACUAAAACUAGUACCCUGCCUACACAAGAUUCCCUGCAUAGUUACAGUCACCCAGGAACUGCUUCAGCGGCCUGAGGUUUCUCUGGAGGAUCUAGAGGACGAUGUGCGUGUGUUUCUGCGCCAUGUGAAGCUAACUAAAGGGUGCUCUGUGCAGCAUAGACGUCUUGAGCAGUUGGGCAUCGCUAGUGUGGAGAUCUUAGAUGCUCCAGGAGUUGCGGAUGAUGAAUGUUUUGAAGUAGCUCGAGAUACUGAACUGCUUCUUGUAGACACUCGACUGGGCAUGCCAUAUACUUUGACUUCCACCUCGAAGUACCUGCCCUACAGCUUUGAGCAGCCUAUGGAUGAGUUGGAGCAGCUGCUGAGAACUUCUAAAAGCGGUUUCUCGCAGAGGUUUCGCACUACAGCGUUGGUUGUGGGACCUGUGGGCAGCGGGAAGAGUCGCCUCCUCGGAGAGUUCCUGCGUCGCCAUGGCUGUAACUGUUUCUACAUCACAGCCAGCCAAGUGCUACGCUCGUACCCAGGAGAAACAGAAGAGGAACUGAGGAGGAUUUUCCGGGCUGCUGAAAUUUUCAAAGAGCAACUGCGUCCUUUAAAGCCCAUUGUGAUACUCAUCGAGGAUCUGGAACUGCUCUGCCCCUCAACAAGUUCUGCUGACCCGAAAAACUCCAGUAAUUCCCUGCGCAUCUCCGCUCAGCUGUACAAACUGAUAGAUGCAUUGCCUCAGGGCAUUAUUUGUGUGGCCACUUCGGGAUCCCCGGACUCCCUGCAUGAGCACGCGCGUAGACGCUUUGUGCGGGAGAUUACCAUCGAGAUGCCCAGGGAGGAGCAACGCAGACAAGUCGUGGAGCAUCUCUGUAAACUACACGAGCUGGAACUCUCGGACACUCUACUCGAUCACAUGGCCAGGAACACGCAAGGCUUUGUGAUGGCAGAUCUAACGCUCCUCCUUCGCCGCGUGCAGCAGGAACUGCUGACAAAAGAUAACUCCAAUGUUGAGCAAAUCUUCCGCCAGGUCCUGCUCCGAACUCAACCAAGUGCUUCGCGAGGCUCAGAUGUACGUGUGUCCAAGAUGACGGAUGGUUUUGAGGUUAUCGGAGGAAUGGAAUCACUGAAACGCACCUUACAAGUCUCCGUUCUAGCAGGACUGAGGCAGAGUGCCGCCUUCGCCCGGUUUGGAUUGAGUCUGCCCAAGGGAGUGUUGCUUUAUGGACCUCCGGGAUGUGCCAAGACCACCAUUGCGAAGUGCUUGGCCAAAGAGGCAAACAUGACCUUCAUAGCCACCUCCGCGGCUGAAGUUUACUCGCCCUACGUGGGCUGCGCAGAAAGAUUUGUUUCGAGGAUAUUUGACACGGCGCGGAAGAAUGCGCCCUGCCUAAUAUUCUUGGAUGAGAUUGAUUCCCUAGUUGGCAGAAGGACAGUUUCGAGUGGCGGAGGUGGUGGCCAAGUUCAGCUAAGGAUUCUCUCCACGCUGCUCACCGAAAUGGAUGGCAUUGUUGGUGGUGGCGCUCAGCAGCACAUACUCGUGGUUGCGGCCACCAAUCGUCCGGAAAUGAUUGAUGACGCCUUGAUGCGACCCGGUCGCUUCGACAAGCUUAUCCAUUUACCAGCCCCAGAUGUUGAAUCCCGACUGGCGCUGUUGAAACUCCACGCCCAGAGGAAGCCCUUCCAUAGUAAUGUGGAACUCGAGCACAUUGCCUCGCGCACUGAACGUUUUUCUGGAGCGGACCUGUGUAAUCUAUGCAAUGAGGCUGCUAUUGAGGCUUUCCAACGCGAUUUUGAGGCCACCGAAAUAGAGUUGCAGGACUUUGAAAAGGUCCUGGCCAAGCAGAAAUCCUCGCUUACGCAAAGUCAAAUAGAUGGCUACUAUAAGUUUGCUUAUAGAUAUUUGUAAAGUAGAAAUGAUGAAUGGGAUUUUAACUAAGCUUCAAAAACAAAAAAUCAGCAAACGAUUGGUUAAAACUUUACUGAACGUUUUUUAAGUUUUAUAAGUAAAAAUGUUUAAUAGCUGUUAAACCAAAUUCAAAUGAAUGUUUUAAGCGAUAAGUUCGCGGUAUAUA